AUGCCUAACCAACAGAAGGCCCUCGUUCUUCCGGCGAAACAGGGCCUGUUUGAAAUACAGUCGGUGCCGAUCCCUACUCCCGGACCCGGCCAACUCUUGAUUAAGGUGCACUCCACUGCCUUGAAUCCAGUGGAUUGGAACAUCCAAGUGCACGGGUUCUCCACGGAAGGCAUCCUCACAUUCUCGCGAGCUGGAUUCCAACAAUACACAAUUUCCAACGCUGAUGUGACGAUGAAGAUCCCUGAGCAUCUGACCUUCGAUCAAGCGGCCACUAUUCCCGCAGGCUUAGCAACAGCGGCUCUUGGGCUUUACUUGCCGCGAAGCCCGACAAAUGCACAUUUUGGUAGCGCACAGCUGAUUGCGCCCUGGGAUGCGGACGGCCGAGGCAAAUACAAGGGCAAGCCUAUGGUGAGGGUGCUUGUUGUUUGGUCAUAG